UGCUCCCUAUUCUACGUAUAGCGGACAUUGCGUCUUUCUUUUAUCUUACGAGAAACUUCGAGGAAAAAAAGGGUGUAAUUGCGAUCGAUAUAUUGUGGGAAGAGACUGAUUUACAUUAUUAUUCGCUGCAUGAGCGCAUUCGAUAGCAUCGUUUAGUACAUCGCUCUUGUAGUUUUUUGAAGUUGCGGCCGAGGUGUCACUGUACAGGUAUUCGGCACUACCUACGUACGAUUAUACAAUCAUACAUCCAUCCAUUCACCAAUCAACCAUCAAUCAUGUCAAUGUUUAAAUUCGGCACCGAUGUAUGGGACCCGACUCAUCGCUUCGAAACUUCAUGGUUGUUAUCUCCAUGGGCUCUUUUUGCCGUUAGGGCUAGUAUUGUAAGUAUUCCUUCCUGACGAAGGAGAAAAGAGAAAUGAGAAAUGACGAAAGAGAAAAGAAUAAAAGAUCGAUGAAUAUAUAUGCACAUGGGAAAUAAAUCGCUAAUGGCAUAAUGAUACAAUAUAGUCACUCUAUACAUUUUUCGUUCUUCUCUUUGUGAUUUUCUGGGAAAUCGCCAGAGUACCCAAUGGCACCGCAGCCGCCCGAUUCGAAUUCUCCUAUUUUACCAGUAAGUCGCAAUUCUCAGUUCACCCUGUCCGUCCCAUGAAUCUAUACAUACAAACUAACAACCAUAGUCCUCUGCUACUGGGGCCUAGCAUUCUACUUUGCCAUUUCCGCCCUCCACACCUAUACAUACGCGCGGAGCGGAACACCCCUGCUCUCGCGAUUUCCGCGUCCGCUGCAAGCCCUACACGCCCUAUACAACAGCACCAUAAUGUGUUAUCCACCCUUAGUAUCCAUCGUCUACUGGGGCGUAAUAUUCCGAGGCGUCGUCCCUAGCGGCUGGUUCCCAGAACGCUUCGACGCCUGGUCCAACGUCUCCGAACACGGACUCAACUCACUCUUCGCACUGAUUGAAAUCUUACUCACGCGUACGGCCCCCCCGCCUUGGAUUCAUCUCUUCUGGCUACUUGUGAUUCUGGCGUGUUAUUUGGGAUUGGCGUAUGUAACUGUCGCGACGAAACAUCAGUAUGUUUAUUCGUUUUUGGAUCCGCAGGUUUCGAGGAAUGGGAUGGUGGCUGCGUAUGUGUUUGGGAUUGCGGUGGUGAUUUGUGUGGUUUUUUGUGUGGUGAGGGGGGUAGUAGCGUUGAGGAGGUGGGCGACUGAGGCCAAGAUGGGGUUGAGGGGAGUUUUAUAAGGGGUGUGCGGGUGAGGGAUGUGGAGAUGAGGGAUGUGCAGUGGGAGGAGAGGUUUGAGUCGAAAGUCUGAGUAGAUGUUUGAGGGGGACAUCUGGUGAAGAUGGUGUGAGAUCAUGAAGUAAGUGGAAAAUGAAUGAAAAGAAAACGUGGGCUGGAAAUAUGAAAUAUGAUUAUGAAGCGCAGCGACGGGAAAAGUACGAUGGAUAUUAUUAUGUUUUGUUAUAUGCAUGGAUGGAAACAAACGACAACAAAACAAAAAGAUAAACAAACGAAAAAGAAAGGAAAAAAGAGAAGGAAAAGAACACGAACCAAAUCCACAUCCAUAUCAUGGCGUUUGGAGAAACAAAUAGCGAUACCCAUACCCAUACGCAUGAAUUCACCAAUUCCAGGGAUACGAGUAUGAAAACAGCAUUAGGUACUUGGUAUGUACCAGUAGUCAUGAAGAAGAGAUAUCUCCCACGAGCGAGCGAAGUUUAGAUUACAUUACAUUACAUUACCUACCUACCUAUUUAAUUCAACAAAAUU